GCAUGGAAUUUAGGAACCAAGUGAUUAAUUGUGCUUCCUUUUCCGGCAAACAUCCAAAAUGGGAAUAGAUAUUUGCCACCGAUUUGAUCGGAAGGUUCGCAGGACUGCCCCUAAGAGCGAUGACAUCUACUUGAGGCUUCUUGUUAAGCUUUACCGUUUCUUGGCUAGACGUACCAAUGCCAAGUUCAACAAGAUUAUUUUGAGGCGUCUGUUCAUGAGCAAGACCAAAAGGCCUCCACUCUCCAUUGCAAGACUGUCUAGAAUGAUGAAGAAGACUAGCCGUGAGAACAAGACAGCCGUUGUUGUUGGCACCGUCACAGAUGACCUCCGUCUUCUCAAAGUUCCUAAGCUGAAGGUGUGUGCUCUAAAGGUGACCGAGAGGGCCCGUGGACGCAUCCUGAAGGCCGGUGGUGAGAUCGUUACUUUUGACCAGCUGGCAUUGAAAGCUCCUAAGGGACAGAACACUGUUCUCCUCCAGGGUCGUAGAAAUGCCCGUGAAGCCAACAGACAUUUUGGAAGGGGCCCCGGUGUUCCACACAGCAAUACUGCUCCGUUUGUGCGCUGCAAGGGACGCAAGUUCGAGAAGGCCCGUGGACGUCGCAGCAGCCGUGGCUACAAAUCUUAAAUUAUGUUCAGUGUCAGUCACAGGAAAUAAACCUUCUAGAAAGAA